GCGCGCGGGCCGCGGGUGCGCGCGCAGGCCGGUCCCCUCCGGGCACGCACCGUCCCUCAAAGGCGCGCGAGCCGCCACAGCCGCGGACAUGUCGGUGUCCCCCGUGAAGCGGCAGAAGAUGGAGUCGGCGCUGGACCAGCUCAAGCACCACACCACGGUGGUGGCCGACACCGGGGAUUUCAACGCCAUAGAUGAGUACAAGCCCCUGGAUGCCACCACAAACCCCUCCCUGAUCCUUGCUGCGGCUCAGAUGCCAGCGUACCAGAAGCUCGUGGAUGAUGCUGUUGCCUACGGGAAGAAGCUGGGUGGGUCAGAAGAGGAGCAGAUAAAAAAUGCUUCUGACAAACUUUUUGUAUUAUUUGGAGCUGAAAUUCUGAAGAGGAUACCUGGCCGUGUGUCCACAGAAGUAGAUGCAAGGUUGUCCUUUGAUAAGGAAGGAAUGAUUCAAAGGGCCAGGCGCCUCAUCGACCUCUACAAGGAAGUAGGAGUUGGUAAAGAUCGGAUUCUCAUCAAGCUCUCUUCAACAUGGGAAGGAAUCCAGGCUGGCAGGGUUCUGGAGGCCGAGUAUGGGAUUCACUGCAACAUGACGUUGCUGUUCUCCUUUGCUCAGGCUGUUGCCUGUGCUGAAGCUGGAGUUACUCUGAUCUCCCCAUUUGUGGGACGGAUCCUGGACUGGUAUGUUGCAAAUGGAGACAAGAAAACCUACGAGCCUUCGGAGGAUCCAGGAGUGAAGAGUGUCACCAAGAUCUAUAACUACUACAAAAAGUUUGGCUACAAAACCAUCGUGAUGGGCGCCUCGUUUCGCAACACGGGCCAGAUCAAAGCGCUGACGGGCUGUGACUAUCUCACCAUCUCACCCAAGCUCCUGGCCGAGCUCAGCAAAGAGCAUGUCAAGUUAACUCCCACACUCAGUGUCAAAGAGGCUCAGGCAUGUGAUCUUGAGAAGAUCCACCUGGAUGAGAAGGCAUUCCGCUGGCACCACAAUGAAGACCAGAUGGCUGUGGAAAAGCUCUCUGAUGGCAUCAGGAGGUUUGCCGCAGACGCGGUUAAGCUGGAGAGGAUGUUAAAGGAGCGAAUGUUCAGCACUGAAAAUGGAAAAUAAAAGAAGAAAAAAUAAUAAUCGGCAUUUCCCUGAGUGCUCUAAGCUGAGGUGGAUCACCUGAGGUUCAAUGGAUGUACAAAUGUCUUACCUGUACAAGUAUCAUGCUGUGUAUGGAUAGAUUUCUGUAUCAUGCUUUUUUUUUUUUAUCAAUUUGCAAAGGGACAAGUGGAAUUUCAAAUUUUUGUGGCACUUUUGUCAAUACAUGCAAAUUAAAAUCGAG